AUGUCUGGUUCAUAUGAUCGCGCUUUGACCGUUUUCUCUCCGGACGGUCAUUUGUUUCAAGUCGAGUAUGCAUUGGAAGCUGUCAGGAAAGGUACUUGUGCGGUAGGAGUUCGUGGUAAUGAUUGUGUAGUUCUCGGUGUCGAGAAAAAAUCA